AGGCGAUAGCGGGUUGAGGCAGAAGGUGGGGAGAAGUCGAAUGGAUAAGGUGGGAGGGGGUGAGAUCCGGGUUGGGCUGGUUUGGUGGGCUCUCUAUUCAACUUUAGGCCCACUAGUCUCUAGUUUUUCUUUUCUUUUAGAGAUAUAAUUCAUGUGUAUUGCAAUGUAGAGCACCACCUAGCAAAUCGCCUUGAAAAGCCUAGGCUCACCUAAGCUAGCCUAGGCUCUAGGCGAUGGGUCACCGCCUAGCGCCUUUUUGAACAUUGAUCCAAUGUUACCCUAAUGGCAAUUGUGAAUUAUCCAGGGCCUUGGAUAAAUUCAGACUGAAGGUUCUUAGGGAAAUAGAUUUUUUUUGCCUAAAAAGAAUGAAGCUAUAGCUAUAAGAAAAAUAUAAUAUAAAGGUACUUUUCUAUAUUAAAACUGGUCGAACUUAAUAUAAUAUUUGUUUUCUCGAACAGAACUUAAUAUAAUAUAACUUAUAACAAAAGUAGAAAUACUUAUAUUUUGGGACAAAGGGAUGUCAGUUUUUGACUGUAUGAUCUGGGCGUCAAAACUGUAUUUUGUCAGAAUUAACGAACUAAUAGGAAAACCAGAAAAAUAAUGUUAGAAAAUAACCAGAAAGUACAAUCAUAGCCAAAGGUCUUUUCAAAAAAAUUGUCACACAAGUGACAAACUCUACAAUUUGCAUACCCUCUUUCCUCCCUUCUCGCAUCGGCGUGGGGCAAACACCCAGUCCGUUCAUAGAUUAGUUGGCUCUUUCUUUCGUUGGUUGGGUUAGGAGUCCACCCUAGCUUGCUUGGACUACUAAUAUUUGUUUUUCUGCAGAAUCUAUCUCCCCUAUCCCCCCAGUCCACCCCUAGGUUACUGCAGAUUUGCUUGCCAUGUGGCAGAGGAUGGAUGAGCUAACACUGGUGACUUGUUUUCUCUCUCUCAAAUUUUUGGGGUUCCACUGAAGCUUAACUCUGCUGCAGUUUUAGAGAAGGUACAAUUAUGGACAAGUUUGAGGAUCCAGAUGCUCACUUUAAGAGUUCAUGGACCUAUAUGAGAAUCUAGGAAAAGUUUGAGGACCCGAGAUUCACUUUACUUCGUAAUUAUUCUGUUAUCUGGUACUCCAGGCCACUUCCUCAUUAGGGUGCUACUAGAUUCUGUGCAUGGCCAUGACUUCUGAAGAUGGAGACAUCUUGGCUCUUCUUUCAGAACCAAGUCUAACGCAAGAGCAACUUGAGGCUGCUGAAUCUGAUGAUAUACUGCCUGCUAUUCUAGAAGCCACUAAAUCAAACACAAAAGCAGUUGAACCUUCACCUGAGGAGGCUGCCUGGGCAGAUUCAUGUUUCGUGCAGACUUCUGAAUUGUCAGAGGAUGACUGGGGAGCAAUGAGGAAUGCCUUGCUUGAUGCCCUUGAGAAGCCAAUGGAAAGUCCCUUUAAUACUUCUGAAGCUGUGGAUGACCAAGGCAUCCAUGCAAUCUCAGAGGCAAGAUCUCACUCUCUCAAUGCUGAAAAAGUUCCUCAGCAUGAUGAUGUGCCCAUGGAGCAGAUGGACAAUAUCGAUGAUGACAAGGAUUGUAAUCAAGCUUGUGAAGUUGCUGAUGUAAUCAGAGGUGUAGAUGAACAUGGAAAGCAAAUGGAUGGUUACGCAGUGAAACCUGAGGAUAACAAUGAGUUGGCUUCACCCGAAGGUCUUGAGCAGACAGAGUCGACAGAUUCUAUCUUCAAGGUUUGGGAUCUGGAGCUGUCUUUUUCCGAUGACGAUGAUGGUGAGCUUGAACUCAUCAAGGAUCUGAAGAAGCUCCUCAAGGAGAAUGGCAGCCCUCCAGAGUCUGUGUAUCCAACUUCUCCAGAUGACGUAGCUAAGCCCUUGGAUCAGAUAAGCAUCGAUGAACUUGUGGCGGGCUUGAGUGACUUGUCAAUACUACAAACCACAAGUAAGAUUACUCAGGUCCGUAGCGCACCUUGAUCCAUUCAACUGUGAUAUUGUGGUUUGCCCUCUACAGAGCGCUAAUUGCUUGUUUCACAGGGGGUUUGAGACCCAGGGCUUAGGCUAACUGUUGUGGUGUAUGAUCUCUUUGUUGAUUGCUGCUAGUACUUGAAAUCGGGAUUGAAUUAAUGUUUUUUUUUCAUUCUCUGUGUAGCCACAAACUCCCAAAGUAUUCCCUUAGUUUUUAAGUGUAUGACAUCAUGAACUAAUUAGGAUGUACUAAACGUCAUAUAUUUAAAAUGAGGGGGUACAAAGUUAGCUUUUGGGCAUGAGAUGGAUUGAGUUCAGCGAUUUGCUUGUAAGACGAUCUAAUUUGUAGGCUUGUACCUACCAAUUGGCAAUGCUGAGGACAUAUGGUCAUA